AUGUCUUCUACUGCCUCUAACGCUUGCGGGCCCGCCCCUGCUCUAGCUAUUUACCCUGAUCUUAAGGCUGCGUUUACUGCUGUUCAAGAGCAUGUAAAAGCUAACGGUUACGCCUUCUACAGGCACGACAAGAAGCUUAAUAGAGCUGUAUUUCGCUGUGAUCGCGGCGGCAAAUACAGAGCUACUAGCAAGAACCCUGAUACGGAUCCUUCAAAACAACGACUAUCCACUAGCUUAAAGAAGAGUAGGUGCAAAAUGGGUGUUGAGUUGCGCUUAGAUCAUAUAUCCGGAAAUUGGAGUCUUAGUGUACUUGAGGCUACACACAAUCACGACAGAUCAGCAGAUCCAAAGGCCUAUCCUGCCUAUCGAAUUGCUGCUCUCAAGCCAAACGCCUAUGCCGCCAUUAGUACCCUUGGACGCGCUGGCCUGUCUACUAGCCAGAUUCUGUCAACGCUCAGGAUUGAGUAUCCAGAGGCACUCCUGACGGCAAAGGAUGUGACAAAUAUACUCCAAAAGUCAAGGCUUGAAGAGCUAGAUGGCAAGACUCUAAUACAGUGGCUUGUAGAGGAGCUUCAAAGCAAGGGGUUUAAUCCUUAA